AUGUCUGACGAUGUAAGGGAUUUUAUAAUGCGAUGUGAUUCUUGUCAAAGAGUGAAUCCAACUUCGUUAAAARUAGUUCCUGAAUUGAAAUCCGCGGAAAUUCCAAAACAGGUUUUUAAUCAAAUUGGAGUAGACAUCAUGACUCUACCAGAAGUUGAUGGGUUCAAAUAUGUAGUUGUUGGUAUAGAUUAUUUUUCUAAAUGGUCAGAAGCAAGACCUAUAAAAGACAAAUCAGCAGUAACUGUUGCACGAUUUUUAUAUGAUGAAAUAAUAUGUCGUCAUGGAUGUCCAAAAAUACAAAUUAGUGACCAGGGAAGAGAAUUUGUAAAUAACUUGAACGACGAGCUAUUUCGUCUCACAGGGACUGAACAACGAGUUACAUCGGCGUAUCAUCCGCAAGCCAAUGGUGUCUUAUUUGCAYAUAKAACGGCACAACAUUCUUCCACUGGAUAUACGCCAUUUAAAAUAUUAUAUCAACGUGAUGCUACUCUACUUAUUGAUAUUGAUUAUGAAGAUAAAGAUAAAUAUUCUGAAGCAACCAAUAGCAAUCAGUAUGACUCAGAUUAUCAAGAUAAUGAUUUGGAUUUAUUUGAUCAAGAAACAUUUAAAAUUACAUUAAAUAAAAUGAUCGUUAUGAGGAAUGUAAUGGAACAAAAAGCAAAAAAAAAUAUAGAUGAAGCACAAACACGUCAACGUUAUUCAUUUUCCAAACGUCAUAAAGGUCUAUUCACACAUGUCCGGUCCGUAUSCRUACCGUCCGGUCCGUGUCCGACGUUUUUACAUUGUAUGGCUUAA